AUGCACGAACAAACAACGCAUGGAACUUUUUGGAGCAAAAAGGGAAAAUAUGGCUGGCGCUCUAGAUACGUCAAUAACCAAGAACUGAUAGGCUCUAUAAUUGAAAGAAGCUGUUUGAUAGUUCGUUGUCCAGGUAUCGCUCCGAAACCUCCUCUGCCAUUCCUCAAAUUCCUCAGGUCCUCGACAAAGCCGUUCUGGGCAGAGGGAUCCCUAUUCAGUCUCCAAGAAGACACUGGUCUGCAAGGAAACCAGGACUCGCGGGUCGGAUCGAUAUCGGCCCUAGCACAGCUGGCAUGGCAGCCCUUUUUCUACAUGGCUGAUCGUGCGAGUCACGAGUGCCACACCGAAUCCUGA